AUGAAGAUCUCUGUCAGUUUUACUCUGUGGCUGCUUCUCGGUGCAGUCUCCGCUGAAGAAAGUACCGAUUAUCAGCUGCCUUUUCCUCAAGACAUCUACGCUGCACUAGGACAGAUGACCACCUCGUUGGAUCAACUGAAAGCGGACAUGAGAUUGUUGCAAAGAGAGACUCAAGGUACAGUAAUGGACUCAAUGACUAAAGAAACUGUCUCUGAUAUUGCAGAACAAGUAUCACAGCUGAAGACUGAAGUGGACAAGCUGAAGCAACAACAGCAAGGCCGACAGGUUGCGUUCUCAGCCUCUCUGUUGGCUGGAGGCCAAGCAGGAACUUUAGGACCCUUUCCCUCGCACCCUACCCUGGUCUUCAAACACGUUGUCACCAACAUCGGAAAUGCCUACAACCCAAACACAGGUGUGUUCACUGCCCCGGUGAGAGGAGCGUACAACUUUGAGUGGUCGAUCGGUGCACAUGGAAACAACCGCAAUCCUUCAGCUGCCUGGUUGGUCAAGAACUCAGAGCAUGUUUUCAUUGCAUACGAGUAUGAGCCAGCCGGUUUUAUGAGUUCUUCUAAUGGCGCUACGCUGUUGCUGGAGGUGGGAGACAUCGUGUUUGUGCGUCUGGCGGGUGGCACUAGGGCGUAUGACGACAUAAAUCACCACACCACCUUCAGUGGGUCUCUGCUGUUCACCAUGUGA